AUGUGGUUUCUCGCUUUUGUAGGCGUUUGCCUACCGCUUAUUUCAGGCUCGCCAGUUGACAUCUCUCGCUCAGGUCUAUUCCCCCGUAUUGUCACCGGCAUUGAGAAGCCGUCUUGUGGUGUGUUAGGCUACAAGCCAGACCCUUUUCUUACCAGAACUCGAAAAUGCCGUUUGGUCGAUUGUCGGGAGCUUUGCUCUGUCAUUACUGGCUGUCAGAGCUACGCGGAGAGCAGCGCCAGAUGUCUUCUGUUCUCCUCUCCUGUGGCAGAAGGAUUCCAACAAGACUCGACGUCUCCUUAUAUACUUUACGACCUUGACUGUUCUAUGGCCACGUCUUCGACCACUGAGACUCUGCCCGAAGCCACAAUCAGCGCACAUACUGGGUUGUCCACCUCAGGCACAGAGGCCGCAACAACUUCAAAUGCGCAGCCCUCGUCAACAGCAGCUACUUUUACUACAGAACUGAGUACAGAAUUAGCCUUUUCAUCGAGCUCUCUCUUUAGUGAGCCGAUCACCGCGACCACCACUGGUCUCACUACAGAUGAAGUGAGUGCAAGUGUUUCAGUGUCCAGCGAUGCUACCUCAACAGCAAUUAUUCCCGGCUCGAAUACCGAAACGACUCCGACAGGGUAUGCAAUAACUACAACAGCAGGCGAACCUACCACUACCGGCUCGAGUACACCUACCGUCUAUAUCAUUCGAUUGGUGAAUCCAGAUGAGUCUACCUUUGGCUACGUCUCCUCUGCCGUGGACCACAAUCGUAAAUAUGGCUCUAAGGAAGACGCUUUGGAGAUUCAGAUAUCUCCACCCGAGCCAGGUGCCACUUCUCAAAUAGACAUCGUUCACGCUGAGUUAUUCAGUGGCCUCACACGCUUAUGUGCCGUUCAGAGUACUCAUAACACAAACCCCGACUUGGGGCCAGACUCGUCUUUGUAA